ACCAUUUACUAAUUUUGUCAAUUGAAAUAAAAAUCUUGAUUUCACUAUUGGCUAAAAUCUUGUUUGGAUUAGUAAGGUUAAGGAAUAUACCAAUUCUCUUUAACAUUUUUUUUCAUAAAGUUAAUAUAUUUAAUACAAUCAAAACAAAAACGCAGUGUGUGACUUUUUUAAUAUAAAUAUUUAUGAAGAGCGUGUUAAGUUAUACAAAACAAUUUUAUUUUAAAAUAACAUAUCACUCUAUUAUUGAUUCUAACUUCAAUGGUAAGAAAUUAGUAGAAUUUCUACUACUUAGAAAACAGAUUUAUGUGGAUGAACUGAAUUUUUUGCAUUGAAAAUAUUCUAAAAAAAAAUAAUUAAUUUCUUUCGACAUAUUAUUAUCGAUAUUAGGCAAUUUAUAGAAGUCAUAGCUUACUAAGAAAUCAUAUUAAUUCAUAGAGCCAAAAUUAAUGGUACAAUUUAAAAAAAUAUGAAAGGAGGUAUUAAAUUCUUCAUAAUGCACAUCAUAAAACAUGUUCUUUUAGUAAUGUUAAGGCAUAAUCUGGAGACAAUAUUGAAAUAAAAAAAAUAUUUAAGAUAUGAUAAUUUUGUAUUCAAUAUGUUUGUAGAUAUAAUAAUAGUAAUAAUAAAAUUAAUUAUAUCGCUUUCUUUUAUGCUAUGGCAUCAUGCAACAUAAACUAUCUUAUUUUUCCGUCAAAUUAUUUACUUGACAAAUGACAUCACGACUGAUUUGCCAAACGUCAAAUAAAACACUCAACUUUGUGUUACUAAAGACGCUGAAAUAUUUUAGCAUACAUAUUGAUUCAUAAGAUAAGUUGGUAAAAAUGGCAACGGCAAUAGACCAGAAAGCAUAUUUAAAAAAAUAUCUAACUUCUGCACCGGACGAAAAGAAGAAGAAAAAGAAAAAAAACAUUAAGGGCAAGGGGUUCAAGAUAAUAGAUGAUGAUUUAGACAUAUCCAAGCUGAGACCUCUCGACGGAGAUGAAUUGGACAUAUAUAAUGAGGGUGAAGAUGCUCCACAAGUUGUGGGCAUCGUAGACGAGAGACCGGAGGAAUUGAGAAAGUUAGACGGUGACAGUACAACAAAAUGGAAAGUUAUCAACCAGGAUGACGGUUUCAAUAGUAAGUUGAAAGUGGAAGAAAUUAAGAAAGACAGAAAAGAAGUUGAGAAAGAAAAUGAAAUAGUGUUCGGUAAAAUGUACAGCGAUUCUGAGGAUGACAACAAGAAUGAUUCGGAUCUAACUCCGCCAAGGAAAAAUGGUGAUAAGAUAAGCCAACGUAGAGACAGUGAUUUUAGUCCACCCCGAAAGAGAAAUAAAUCUAAUUCUGACUCUGAUAUAUCACCACCAAGAAGAAAUUCUAGAAGAAAUGAACAUGAUCAUAGUCGACAGAAGAAAACAAAUACUGCUAAAUAUGAUUCUGAUGUUUCCCCUCCUAGAAGAAAUAAAGAUGAUAGAUACACAAAGAAACAAAGCAGGACACAUCAUGAACGGACUCAGAAGAAUUAUGACUCUGAUGUAUCACCUCCAAGAAGAGAAAGUCAUCAGACGAAAAGAAAAUCAAGAAAAGAUAGUGAUAGCGAUUUAAGUCCACCGAGAAAUAGGUCACAGAAGAAUUACGAUUCCGAUCUAUCACCACCAAGGAAAAAAGAUAAACCAAAAGAAAAAGCAAGGAAACCAUCUCGUUGGGGACAUUUUGAGGAUAAAGAUGACAAUAACAUGUCACCAGAUAGAUCAAGAAGGCAUAGCCCCACUAACCAAAGAAGUUCUCACAAAGAAGAUAAGUCUCAUAAUAGAAGUAUAGAGAAGUAUAGAAAAGAUUCUGCCCGACAGAAGAAUAAUACACCAGAUACCGAUCUCACCCCAACACGUAAACCCAGAUCACCUGAAAGAAAAUCUAGACAUGGCAAUAGUAGCAAGAUUAUGGAAAAAACUUUAGAUGGCAAACAAGCCGGCUUGCAAGAUGCUAAAAGACUGAAAGAAGAAAACGACUCAUUUAGACGGAGAGAAAAUGAGAUGUUCAGAAACAUGACUGAUGAUAUAUCUGGCAGGAACGCUAAAGCAGUCUCAAGGAAAGGCAAAAGAGAAACUUCAGAGGAUCGCCAGAAACAAAAAGAAAAGGCGGAGAGACAAAAGGAACUCGAUGAGAAAUAUAAAAAAUGGAGUAAAGGUUUAAAACAAGUUGAAGAUCAACAAGCAGCGUUACAGGAUUACAUCCACGAAGCGUCCAAACCACUGGCUCGAUACAAAGAUGAUGUGGACCUUGAAGAUAGAUUGAGAGACAUAGAUAGAGAUGGAGAUCCAAUGUUGAAAUAUAUAAGAGAUAGGAAGAGGGAGAGGGGGGAGUUGGGACCAGAAAAACCAUCAUAUAAAGGAAAUUUCCCCCCGAAUCGCUUCAAUAUAAGACCGGGUUAUCGCUGGGAUGGAGUGGACAGGUCUAAUGGUUAUGAAAAGAAAUACUUUGAACAACAAAGCAAAAGGAGAGCUCAAGCCGAAGAAGCUUACAAGUGGAGCACAGAAGAUCUUUAGUAAUAUACCAUGAGACCGUGUGUAAAACUAUUUACUUGUAGUUUGCAGUAUCCCAAUUAUGAAUUCUAUAUGAUCGUAUCAAUAUUUGUAUGAACGGCUAAUUGUAGACUAUCGGUCUGGUGUUGCAAACUUAUGAAAAAUAUUACAAAUGUUAUCAAAAAAAAAAUAUUUUUAUCUCAUUUUAUUUUCUUAUAAUCCUUUUAAGAUAUUCCAACAGAUGUAAAUAAAAGAUUUUUUGAUA